AUGCCAGGCUACCUGUCUCCACACUUAAUCUCACCUUUGCCGAGCACACCCACACGUCGUAAACCCACUGGUUCGCACAACUCACCAAAGUCGAGCCAGUCCACUCCAGUUAGGGACAAAGCUACAUACAGCCCCACAGGAAAGGGAAAUUUGCCAGCAAUGGAUGAAGAGGAUUUGAGAUCCAUCAUCUCAUCACCUAAAUUGACACCAGAUCAACUAAAGUCAAUUUCGAAAAGCCCAUUGGCUAGAAGAAUGCACAUUGUUGCAUCCAAUAGAGCCAACGACAAAUAUGUGAUACCAAUUCCAUUGACACUCAGACUACCGCCUAGAUUGAGCUCACCUCAAAGACACUCGACAGCUUUGAACUGUCCACAAUCAUCUUCUUUGGUUUCUUCCCCCACCAGACACAAACGGCAAACGUUGGUUUAUACAUCUCAUGGAUAUGAGAAAAUCGACAUUUCGUCAUCUGAAGAUGAACAAGAUGACACGACUCUUCCUCCGGUGCCUGAAAAACCAAGCUUGGCGAAGAAGCCGCAACCACCAUCUGUUGCUACAAACAAGACCAAAUACCUGAAACUAGCGUUUCCAAAUAAAGAACCAGAUGAGUUGAGUAUGAUAGAGGAGAUGUCCAAUUUUGGCUCACGAAAUUCAAGCAUAGCGAGAAUUGCAAGUAAAGGAUUGCAGCAUGAGCGUAGUAAGAAGCUACCUAACUUGCCCACCGAGGUCGAAGAGGUUGAAACAACCAAGCAUGAGAGAAGUUCACUCCCAAGCAAUAAAUACACAGAAGCGAACAAGGUAUAUACAGAGGCAGAGAGUGUAAGUACUCCGCGUAUGACAGCAUCAAAAGGGGGCGGCACGAAUGUUGGUAAAAACAACCAGGCGAUUCAUUCAGUUCCAAUGGCUCAGAAACAAGAUCCAAGACCAACUCACAAUCGCUGUUUUAGUGAGACUUCCCAAGUGUCAAGCGUGAGCUCGUUUAGCUCUGCUGGGGCAUUUGGACUAGCUAGCGCAGGUCUUAAAAAGGGUCUAAUUGAUAGACCAGCUGGGUUUACAAGUCCCGGCCAAAAUACCACUCCACGGCUAACUUUGGUCGACACUUUACACAAGCCAACCCACGUAAACGAAAGACUGGUAUCGGCCGCCAGUGAGUCAUCCACGAGCUCAUCUUACAGUUGGAACUCAUUACAACAAUCAAUCGACAUAUCUUUGAAUCGAGGGCAAGAGGGAGUGGAGGAUAACUCUAUUGACAGAAAGGAACUGGCAGACGCAACGGAUGAUCAGAGUAUUUGGUCGGAUGUUAGUCCUACAGAUAGUGGGGAGUCUGGAGACGAGAUAAGUCCGCUUAAUAUAACAAGACAAAACACAGAUGCAACAUCAGCAUCGAUCAAGAGCCCUAUGGAAAAGCAAGUCUCGAACAAAGGUGAUAGUGAUUAUGAACAUGGAGGGGCAAGGCCAACAUUCAAUUUUCCAAACAAUUCAGAAAACAUCACAAACAGCAAAAGUCUCAAACUGAAAGUGCUGGAUGAGGAGACAAAGAGUGCAAAACCCAGAUUAAGUUUUUAUUCAAAUGGACAAAUUGAAAUCCCGGACUUGUCGAAUGGAAAGAUAAUGGAACAAUACUCCUCAAAAUCACCAUCUAGCUACAACGAAACUGUGUUCUCAGAAAGACAAACCGAAACUUCAGUCUCUGACGUUGAACAAGAGGACCAUCCAAUGAGAAAGAUUAGGGUCCCAAGUCGAGAUGCUUUGCGUCACUUUGAAGAGCAGUUUCAGCUUCACUCUGGAGGCGACGAUUCUGAUAACGAAAGUCCGUGGAAAUCGUCUGCAUUGUAUGCUGUUCCAACUAUAUCCAAAACAGCGCCUGACUUACAGUGCAACUUUUCUCAAUCACGACCAAACUUAGCUUCACCUCCUAGGCACAGAAGAGGCAAAUCUAUGUAUAAUAUUGACUUCAACUCACAGGACAAAUUACUUGAUUGUCCACUGCAUCAAAGGGCAAAAUCUACGGAUUACAACAUUUCAAGUGGGUUGAGUGGGACUUCCAAUGCUUCCACAAACGCGAAAUUCUUGAAAACACCCAACGACACACAGGACGCAAUUUCCGAAAAUUUAAAUAUCCAUGUUGCUGAACCACCAAAGGCAGUAAAUUAUGCUGUCGACUUUAAAGUGAACAACGCAAAGCAGAGCGAUUUCGGAAACAAAUAUACCACACCAAAGGAAUUAAAAAAAUACCAUACCCCAAAGUCCAGACACAAGUCUUCAUCAAAAAGAAAGUCCUCCUCGGUGUGCUCGAGCCAACUGGACGAUACUGAUGUGGAGAGUGUUGUAAUUGAUUUGACUGAUGAUAAGUACCAAGUUGUUACUAUUCAACGUAGUGACUCCACCUUAUCCUAUCGGUCAGUGACUGAAAAGCAUAAGGGGAAAGAAGUGGAAGUAAUACUUCUUGAUGAUGACGAGGAUGUUGAAGAAAGUACAAAUGAGAUGAGGAGAGAUGAAGGUGAUGAAACUGAUGAUGAGUUGCUCAGCAUUUAUUCCAAAUACAGAAACGAUUCCUGGCUAUUUGGAUCCAAAUCUCUGACUGCUAGUGAGGCAUCUUUUGAUACUACAUCGCAAAAUUCAAACUUGAUUGUGAAACCAAAAUGCACCCAGAAUUCAAAGAAAUUAGAAGGUCUACGCUCACUUACCACAGCCGGCAGGAUCGUACACGAGCUAAACUUGAAGAGAUCAAAUACCACAACGUCAUUCAACACUUCUUCUGGUAAUAUAACCACAAGGGGCGGGCUUAGCAACGUAGCAUUGCCAAGAAACCCAGUGAAUAGGGCCAGCACAUCCUAUUUGGAUGACAAGUACUUUGAUUACACAAUGAAUGAGAAUUACAAUUUUCAAACAUUUAUGAACGAAAGAAUUAAUUAG